CACAACUUGGUAUAAAAGCGAAAGGAUCCAACAUCCUUGCAUUCAGUUCAUCUGAUCCUUUCCAAACGAUUACCAACACUUUAAACAAUUUUAGAAGAAGCAAGAUGAAGUUCUUCGGCGUGCUAUUCUCGCUGGUGGCAGCCCUGGCCUCUGUCUCCGCGGGUUACAUCGGCUGGUCGUCCCCGCACUACUACUCGCGCCCGGUGGUCGUGCGCCGCGUGGUCUACCCCUCGUCUGGCUGGAGCUCUGGCUGGCCAAGCUCUGGCUGGAGCUCUGGCUGGCGCUCUGGCUGGCCAAGCUACAGGAAGUCCGGCUGGAGCAGCGGAUGGUGGUAGAUUGGAGAGAUACGACGAACCGGUUGCUUAUUUUUGACAUGCUCUUUUUCUUUUGGUUAUGUAUUGAUGGUUUAUGGUUUUUUAAAAGCGUAUAUUUAAUGAAUAUUAUUGUAAUGAUAACUGUGAUAGUAAAUAAAUUAAUAAAAUAAAGACUUUAAGUGACAGGUGCUGAAUUUAAAGUCCAAUAAAAAAAUAUAAAAUUCGUUACUCAAUCUGCGAAAUGUCAAUGUGGAAAUUGCAAUAAAGUGCAAGCCAUAAAACUCGUAAACUUUCCUUAAAAGGAGAUAAAUACAUAUUUAGUUGUUGACAAAAAACUAU